AUGCGUGUCGUAGUGUUACUACUAGCAUUCGGUGCGGCGCUCGCCCAAUAUCAGUCCCAGGAUUCCGGCUAUGAGAAUGCCGAGAUAGUCCAACCAGGACCAGCCGUACCUCCAACUGCCGAUGGUGGUGACCAGCAAGCGUACAACUCUGAUGGCGUAUCCGGAGGAGGUGGCGGAUCCGGUGGAGUACUUCCACCAGCUCCUCCUCCUCGCCCAGCACCACCACCACCACCUGUGCCAUUACCUGUACCACAACCAGAACCAGCACCAGGACCUGGACCCGCUCCUGGACCAGGACCAGCACCAGGCGGAAACUAUGGAGGAUCUAGCGGAGGCGGCGGAAGCGGUGGUGGUGGAGGCAACUACGGAACUGGACCUGCACCGGGACCUGGACCCGCACCAGGACCUGGACCCGCACCCGGACCUGGACCUGCACCCGGACCUGGACCCGCUCCUGGACCUGGACCUGCUCCUGGCGGUUACGGAACUGGUCCCGGCCCAGCUCCUGGACCUGGACCCGCACCCGGACCUGGACCUGCACCCGGACCUGGACCCGCUCCUGGACCUCGACCUGCUCCUGGCGGUUACGGAACUGGUCCCGGCCCAGCUCCUGGACCUGGACCCGCACCCGGACCUGGACCUGCACCCGGACCUGGACCCGCUCCUGGACCUGGACCUGCUCCUGGCGGUUACGGAACUGGUCCCGGCCCAGCUCCUGGACCUGGACCCGCACCAGGACCUGGACCCGCACCCGGACCUGGACCUGCACCUGGACCUGGACCCGCUCCUGGACCUGGACCUGCUCCUGGCGGUUACGGAACUGGUCCCGGCCCAGCUCCUGGACCUGGACCCGCACCAGGACCUGGACCCGCACCCGGACCUGGACCUGCACCUGGACCUGGACCUGCUCCUGGUUACGGAACUGGUCCCGGCCCAGCUCCUGGACCUGGACCCGCUCCCGGACCUGGACCUGCCCCUGGUCCUGGCCCAGCACCUGGAUACAGACCCGCUCCUGGACCUGGACCCGCACCCGGACCUGGACCAGCACCCGGACCUGGACCAGCACCUGGACCUGGACCUGCACCAGGUGGAUAUGGAGGAUCCGAAGGAGGCGCUGGGGGAUAUGGAGGCUCUAGCGGAGGCGGAGGAAGCGGUGGUGGACAAGGACAAUAUGAGUCUAACGCAAACUACAACCGAGCUGAGCAAUCUCAAGCACCACCAAAUCCACCUAUCAGUGCUGGAGGUAACGAUGGAUUGGGGUACAGCAAUAUGCGACGUUUCCGCCUUCGUGUACAUCGUGCUCGUCGUUUUUAA